AUGAGCGAGCGUUAUCGAGAUUACAAAGGGUCAUCUCGAUCGACGCGUGAUGAUUCUAGGAGAGUCGAGAGUCAUGGGCGAGAAAGGACGCGGUCGAGAUCUCCAAGACGAAGAUCACCAUCAGAAUAUAAACCGGAAAGCAGGCGGAAUCGAGAUAACUUUGACGAUAAAAGGAAGAGAUCUCCUAGUAACAGAGAAUGCAUUGUUGAAGCUCCAGCACCACCACCACCUCCUCGUAUCAGCAAAAUAAGUAUUGGAUUCUCAAAGCCACAAGCUCCAAUCAAAAUGACAUUAGGAGGCUCAUCAAAACCUAAAGCAGUGGCAGCUCCAAAACCAACAGUAGCUUCAGUCUUUAAUAAUGAUGAUGACGAUGAAGAGCCAGAAGAAAUGCCAGCUGAAGCUCGUAUGAGAAUGAGGAAUAUUGGCAGAGAAACACCAACAUCUGCAGGCCCUAACUCAUUUGGAAAAACUAAGCAGGGUUUCUGUGAUGCUAAGAAAGUUUUUGAGAAGAAUUUAAAAUAUGCUCUUGAAACAGCCCAAAAACCAGACCAUCAUAAAUUACCUAAAACCAUCUAUAAACUUCAGGGCCCAUAG